CUUUUUAGCCAAAGCACCAAAAAAGAAAUAAGCCAGACACCCCAAUUACUGACUGGAGAUGGAAACUUUUCGUGGAUUGAAGUUCUUCGUCGUGGUGAGUUUUUUGCUCACCCAGUUUUCCGUUUACGAUGCCAUAGCUUAUGAGAAGCUUCAAAUGAAGUUUUCCGAGCCCCCUAGCUUUAAACCUGCCAAUACUGCGAUAUGCACCUGGUUGAAAAACCUCGAGAGCCUUGGCUUUCAGAAAGAAGUCGUCAGAAAGUCGGUUAAGAGGCCAGGAAAAGAUCGACCAGAUGCUGAGAAAACGACUUUUUACUACAAAUUGGUUCAGUGCUCUAAGGAAGCCUUGCGUAAAAUUGCAGCGGAAUUGAACUCAAGUGUUCCAGGUUCUUUUGGAAAGGAAAUGUUUCGUAAGGUGGCUGGAGAAGUAUCAUUCAGGCGUUUAAAUGCUGGUAAUGGAAUGUGUAAAGUAGGAUUAGAGGUUGAGUUUAAGGGAGGCCAGCCUUGCCGCGAUACUACAGGACGCAAGAAGAUGGAUCUUUCCGACCCAAGGAUGAAGAAAAGGAUCCGUGUUCGCCGAAAGGAGAAAGUUAUGAUUAAAAAAAUCCGUACUCGUCGAAAGAUUAAAAUCGUCAUUAAAGUCUCUACUAAAACAGCGUAGUUCUGGUUUUAAGAGGAAUUAUUUAUGAUAAACGCGUAGAGACUUGGGUUAUAGCUGCAUCCAAACCUGUUAAACCAAAAAAAAUUGUUAAUGUUAUUUUUAGAAUAACCUUUUUGACGACAGCAUUUUUUAAAAACUGUUUCAGUAGAACUGAAUGAUCUUGUAUACCCAAACUCACCUGAGAUGACGAGGUUUAUGACGCUUUCACUGAACGAGGAUUCCAGAUUUUUAUGUAUUCAUUCAUAUCAUAUCCAUUUUGUUACGCUCAAGCUAUCGGUAAUGAAACUGUUUUAGCACUUCCAGUUUGAGGAAGCAAAAUGGGCUGCAAUAAAAACCAGGGUUUAAAUGGA